GCCCCCAGCCAGGAUUCCUCACGAUGCUUACAUUCUAACAGGGGGGACAUAAAAUGAACGGGUAAUAUAGUGUGUUACAAGGUGAUAAAUGCUCUGAAGAGAAUUUAGGGAGCAGGGAGAGACCACAAUUUUAAAUAGGGUGGCCAGGCUUCUCAGAGAAGGUGACACUCAAGCAAAGAGCUGAAGGAGGUGAGGGAACAAGCCAGGAGGAUAUCUGAGGGAAGAGGCAUUCCAGGCAGAGGGCAGAGCAAGCGCAAAGGCCCUGGGGCAGGACUGGCUCUCAGGGCUCGAGGAGCAAGCAGCAGGGAGCCCAGUGUGCCGGAACCCGGAACCCGAGUGAUGGAGGGAGAGAGGAGGUUUGAAGGAUGUUCCUUAAGACUUUGCAGACCUCAGCUCUUAUCCCAGAAACGGGGAGCCCCUGAAGGCGGCGGAGCAGGGAGUGCUGUGAGCUAACCUAGGUUUCUUGGGGCUCCCUGCAGGGAGACUAGACGAGGGGAGGAAGGGAGCAGGGGCCUGUCGGGAGGCCGCUGCAGGUGCAGGUGCAGGACGUUGGCAGGGACCAGGUGAAGGUCACACUGAUAAUGGGCAAGGCUAAAAGGGGGCUCGCCCGCCCCUCCUCCUGCUCUCCGAGCUUUGGCGUUUGCUGCUCUUCCUCUCCCUGCAAGUGUGACCUGGGGUGAGUCUCUUCACCCUCGGUGUCCUCAGUUUCCUCCUCUGUGAGGCGGAGACCCCCGGCCCUCACCUCACUGGGUGUGGGGGAGAAACGACAGGGUUGUUAUGACAGAGCCGGUCCCAGUUCCUGGCUCCCCGGAGGCAGGCCGGUCCUGUCCCCCCCACCCCAGCCCGGGUCCCUCCGCCAGCCCCGCCCAGGUGUGUGCCAGGUACUGCAGGCCAGGUCAGGCCCUCACUUCUUUGCUGGCUCCCAGGGCACCUCCAGGUGGCAGGAGCCCCCCCAUUCUCCACACCAUGAGCACCACCACAGGCCCAGAAGCUGCCCCCAAACCAAGUGCCAAGUCUAUCUAUGAGCAGAGGAAGCGUUAUUCCACUGUGGUUCUGGCAGACGUUUCCCAGUAUCCAGUCAACCACCUGGUGACGUUCUGCCUGGGCGAGGAGGAUGGCGUGCACACCGUGGAGGAUGCCUCGCGGAGGCUGGCGGUCAUGGACAACCAGGGCCGCGUCUGGGCCCAAGAGAUGCUGCUGCGCGUGUCUCCGGACCGUGUCACGCUGCUUGACCCCAUGUCCAAGGAAGAGCUGGAGUCGUACCCACUGGGUGCCAUCGUGCGCUGCGACGUGGUGACGCUGCCUGGCCGGAGUCGCUCGCUGCUGCUGCUGGUGUGCCAGGAGCCGGAGCGCACGCAGCCUGACGUGCACUUCUUCCAGGGCUUGCGUCUCGGGGCGGAGUUGAUCCGAGAGGACAUCCAGGGGGCUCUACACGACUACCGGUCAGGCCGCGGGGAGUGCAGGCCCGCGGCGCUCAGGGCUACGCAAGAGGAGCUGCAGCGCCGCCCCUCGCCGGCCGCCGAGACCCCUCCCCCUCAGCGCCGCCAGUCAAUCCGCGCGGUCAUCAGCACGGUGGAGGCGGGCAGGGGGCGACCCCAGGCGGAGCCCAUCCCGGAGGCGGAAGAGUCGCUGAGGCCGCGGCCUGGCCUGGCGGGGACCUCAGGCAGCGCUGCCCCGGCCUCUCCUGACCUGGGGCCCCGUGGCCUGGACCUGGCCAGUCUGCAGGCGGAGCGGGAAGUGGACAUCCUGAACCACGUGUUCGACGACGUGGAGAGUUUCGUAUCGAAGCUGCAGAAGUCUGCGGAGGCGGCCCGGGUGCUGGAGCACAGGGAGCGCGGCCGCAGGACCCGGCGCCGGGCGCCUGGGGAGGGUCUCCUGACGCUGCGGGCCAAGCCGCCCUCCGAGGCCGAGUACACGGACGUGCUUCAGAAAAUCAAGUACGCCUUCAGCCUGCUGGCCCGGCUGCGUGGCAACAUCGCCAACCCCUCGUCCCCCGAGCUGCUGCACUUCCUGUUCGGACCCCUGCAGUUGAUUGUGGACACAUCGGGAGGCCCCCAAUUCGCAAGUGGAGUGCGGCGGCCGCACCUGACGUCCGAGGCGGUGGCGCUGCUGCGGGACAAUCUCACCCCACGGGAAAAUGCGCUCUGGACCUCUCUGGGGGACGCGUGGACCCGCCCGGGGCUGGAGCUGCCCCCAGAGGAAGGAUCCCCGUACAGCCCUGAGUUCUCCAGCGGCUGGGAGCCCCCGGCCACUGACCCGCAGGGCCGCGCCUGGGGGGACCCAGUCGAGAAACAGCAGCAGCACGAGCGGCGGCGCCGGCAGCAAAGUGCCCCCCAGGUCGCUGUCAAUGGUCACCAAGACCCUGAGCCAGAGGCUGAGUCCCAGCUGGAGCCUGAGGGAAAGUGGGUCCUAUGUAACUAUGACUUCCAGGCCCGCAACAGCAGUGAGCUCUCUGUCCAGCAGCGGGAUGUGUUGGAGGUCCUGGAUGACCAGCGUAAGUGGUGGAAGGUUCGGGACCAGCGAGGGCAGGAGGGAUAUGUACCGUAUAAUAUCCUGACACCCCACCCGGGGCCUCGGGCAAGCCGCAGCCUGGAGAAUAGCACUCCUCCUCCCCCACGGGCCCCGGCUCCUGCCUCCUCUCGCCCCACCUGGGACAGCUGUGAUAGCCUCAACUUGGACCCCCUAGAGAAGGAGAAAUUCUCCCAGAUGCUGUGUGUCAACGAAGAGCUGCAGGCGCGCUUGGCCCAGGGCCGCUCAGGCCCCAGCCGCGCAGCCCCGGGUCCCCGCGUCCCGGAGCCGCAGCUCAGCCCGCACUCGGACGCCUCUGAAGUCCGCGCCUGGCUGCAGGCCAAGGGAUUUAGCGCUGGGACCGUGGACGCGCUGGGCGUGCUGACCGGCGCGCAGCUUUUCUCACUGCAAAAGGAGGAGCUGCGAGCCGUGAGCCCGGAGGAAGGGGCGCGCGUGUACAGCCAGGUCACCGUGCAGCGUGCGCUGCUGGAGGACAAAGAGAAAGUGUCAGAGUUGGAGGCGGUGAUGGAGAAGCAAAAGAAGAAGGUGGAAGGCGACAUGGAAACUGAGGUUAUCUGACCCUUCCCGGCUCCUCUGCUCAGUUUUUCGAGGAAGCCCCGUGGCAGAACGGACUCUGCAGACUGCUGCCACCCAUGGAAGUAGACCCCUCCCGAAGGCCCCAGACCUGUUCCGGUGGAGCCUCCUGAGUGAGCGGACUGGCCGUGAGUGGGAGGGAAGGGCCAUACUCGGGGUCCCCGCGCAUUGGGAUAUGCUGCCCAGUCUAUAAACAGCCUCCUUGUAGCAGA